GUCGAAAGCAAGUCGCUUCAGUCACGCGCAAGGAACCCGAGGACGAUACCCUCCUCAAACAUGUCCGUCGAAAGCGUCAAAACCCAGCCCUUUGAGGGCCAGAAGCCAGGGACAUCGGGUCUUCGAAAGAGGUAAGUUGUACACAGUCAGCGCGCCUGCCUGGCUUCUUUCUUGCCUGGGCAAGAGCUUCGUGUCUCCCAGCGCUCUUCGCGCUCGAAUCCCAAAUUUGCCGAUUGCCAGCUCAAGGGAAGCCGAACUGCAGCGAAGCAGUGUGCGCUCCGGCUACCACAAGCGUGGCAACGCCGGGAUACUUCGAAUUUCGUGACACUUGAUAGAGUGCACCAUAAUGCGAUCACUAAUCCCACUUUCGCCGGCUACUCAAUGCGCAGGGUCAAGGUGUUCUCACAACCCAACUAUACCGAGAACUUUGUGCAAGCCAUUCUUUCCGCCAUCCCAGGCGGACCAACCGGCACAACGCUCGCUGUAGGCGGAGAUGGUCGCUACUUUUCCAUUCCUGCCAUCCAAACCAUUAUUCGCCUCGCAGCGGGUAAUGGUGUGUCGAAGCUGAUCAUCGGACAGGAUGGCAUCCUCUCUACUCCGGCUGCCAGCCAUGUCAUUCGCAAGUAUAAGGCAACCGGCGGCAUCUUGCUCACUGCCAGUCACAACCCGGGAGGACCGGACAACGACUUUGGCAUCAAGUACAACAUGCAGAACGGUGGACCUGCGCCAGAGGGUGUCACGGACAAGAUCUUUGAGAUCACUAAGACCAUCUCAGAAUACAAGGUGGUCAAGGGCGAUGAUGUCGACCUAUCAAACGUAGGUUCGACUAAAUUCGCUGGCGUGCUCUCGAUCGACAUUAUCGACCCAGUGACCGACUACAUCGACUACCUCUCCACCAUUUUUGACUUCCCGCUCAUCAAGUCCUUCCUGACCUCCGACUCUUCCCGCUUCACUGUCCGCUUCGAUGCGCUGCAUGGCGUGACCGGACCCUACGGACGCGCGCUGUUCGUUGACACAUUCGGCCUUCCGGAAAGCUCGAUCCAGAACUGCACGCCCAGCCCCGACUUCGGCGGUGGUCACCCGGACCCGAACCUGACUUACGCCAAGUCGCUCGUCGACGCUGUCGAGCGCGAAGGCAUCAGUUUUGGCGCCGCCAGCGACGGAGAUGGGGACCGCAACAUGAUCAUCGGCAAGGGGACCUUCGUCAACCCGAGCGACAGCAUCGCCAUCAUCGCUGACUGGGCUGAGAAGUGCAUCCCGUAUUUCCAAAAGGGUGGCGUCAAAGGUCUCGCGAGGAGCAUGCCGACGAGCGGCGCGGUGGAUCGCGUAGCAAAGAAACACGGUCUGCAGGUGUACGAGGUGCCGACCGGCUGGAAGUUUUUUGGCAACUUGAUGGACGCCGGUCGUCUCUCCAUCUGCGGUGAAGAGUCGUUUGGCACUGGCUCGGAUCACAUUCGCGAGAAGGACGGCCUCUGGGCCGUCGUCGCGUGGCUUUCCAUCAUGGCAGCCGCGAACAAGGAGAAGCCGGGCACGACGGUUCAGGAUGUGCUUCUGGCACAUUACAAAGUGUAUGGCCGCAACUUCUUCUCGCGCUACGACUACGAGGAGGUCGAUUCGGAUGGUGCCAACCAGAUGAUCGCGCAUGUCACCAAAACGUUCGAGGACGCUGGCUUCAAGGGCAAGACCCUCGGCCCCUUCACCGUUGCAGAAGUUGGCAACUUCAGCUACACUGACCCAGUCGACGGCAGUGUCAGCAAAAACCAGGGGCUUUACGUCAAGUUUGUCGAUGGCUCCCGCAUCAUCUUCCGCCUGAGCGGCACUGGUAGCGCCGGCGCGACGAUCCGGUUGUACGUCGAAAAGUACUCGAAUGACGAGAAGGAGUUCCUGGCCGAUGCCCAGGAAGGGUUGAAGCCGCUCAUUGACGUUGCGUUGCAGCUGAGCGAUCUCAAAACUUUCACCGGGCGUGAGAAACCGACCGUUAUCACGUAGUGUAAAUGAAGAAAAGGACGCUAUCGCGUUCGCGUAGACAAGAUUUUGAAGACAUCUAAUGUCACACCGCCGCACUCGCCUUCAGGCGAGCAAACAUGUUAUUCCCGCACAUGUUGUUCAAAAGAAUCCCUUACAAGCAUA